AUGUCGAGACAAUCCAACGCCUUCUUUGGCGACGAGACCAACUCGCUUCCCCUCCACCACGAUCCUCACGUAGGCAUCAACAUGGCGGGUCUCGAUGCGCUGGGAGGACAACAUCCGGCCUUGGCACCCAGCAACCCGUAUCCACCCAGCCCAUCAUCAAUGCGGUCACCACACUCUUCCCACGGCCACGCCUCUUCCUCGACCAAAUACAUGCAGGCGUCCAGCUCCGGCGCCAAUCCCAACACAGCCAACUACACCUCACCGCGUCUGCACCACUCGCAAGCAGCUGCGUUCGGGCUUGCAGAUGCUUCGAGCGGAGGUGAGCGCUAUUCGUUCGACAACCAACGACAACAGCAACAUCAUGCUUCUGCGCAACAGCAACAACACGAACAGUCGCACGCUUCGUCAGCCUAUCGCAACGAGGGCCUGGGUCGAUCGCACUCGAUGGGUCACGGCUCGCACCCGAGUCAGUCCCGAUCAGCUGCGAAUGCUGCUGCUGCUGCUGCUGCUGCUGCUUCUGGCUCGGCAAUGUACCUAUCUCCUCAGACGGGUGCUGCUCAGCCGGUAGGCUCGCAUUCGUCCUCAGGUCAUGGCAGCAACGGCAGUGGGGGCACCUAUCUCUCAUCCUUAUCGCCCUCGGGUAUGCGACACAGCAGUUUCAUCAGCGGUGGUAGUGGUGGUGGCGGGAGCGGUUUGCCGGCGACGUCGCCUCAAGACUCGUACAGCGGUCUUCCCAAUCUUUCAGCCGGCUCCUCACAUCCUGCCAGCCUGCUUCCGGCUCCCCAGAUGCUCAACAGCUCCUACAGCAACCACGGCAGUCGCCGAUCCUCCAACGCCAUGGACACCUCUGGCUCGUCAAUACGAGACCCUACCUCCGGAAAUCCCUACAGCCCCAACACGUCCCACUCGAGCCGCUUCGGCAGCAGCAACGCAGCUGCUGGAGCUUCCGGGUCCCGAUCUGCCAGCCACGACACCACCAACUUCAUGGACGUCAGCUCGCCCCGCGAAGCGCAGAGGUCUCCACAUCAGCUGUCUCAGCAAUACAGCAGCUCAAACGCAGGCCUCGGCGACCUCUCCGACGGACUGCCGUACGCCUAUCAGUCGAGUCACGGGCAACAAAGUGCUUCCAAUCAGUAUCUGUCGUCGAGCGGGCGGCAAUCUGGGAGGUAUGGUGCUGAAGGCGGCUACGCCUCGUCAUCACAGGGAGCAGGAGGUCUGUGGCCUUCUGCCAACAUCGGAUCGGGUCGCGGCAGCAUGAUCAUGGACUCAUCUUCCAGAGGCGACAGCACCACUCGCAACCCUGCCAUCUACAGCGACGGCACCUCCUUCGGACAGCACGGUCUAGGUCUCGGCUCUUCCGGAUCCAUGACUACAGCUUCGGACAACUCGAGAACCAGCUCUAGCCGACGCGAUGGCGGCUCCUCCGGUCGCUCCUCUCGCCGCAAUGAAGGCUUCCGACGCGUGCGCGAUUUUGACGACCUGCGACCCGUCAUCGAUAAGACCACCGCAGCGGCGACCGGUGCAGCCGCCAUCUCGGACGGCAAAGCGGCCACAGAAGCAGCGCUCGCCACUUCGCGGCGUGCCGAUCCAGCAGGCGGCUUCGUGAGUCCGCUCAAGGCCUUGACGGCGUACCUGCAUCACACCUACCAUCUCGUCAAUCCGGCCUUCUUCUACGAGCUGAGCUUUAAUCCAAGACGUGUGCUCACCAAGCCAAGCAAGCCGGUGCAGAACGAGGGCAGGGACAAUGAGGAGAGCGAUUAUAUCCUGUAUGUCAACGACUGGUUGGGAACGGAGGAAGGUCACAAGUACCUCAUCCUCGACAUCCUAGGUCAGGGCACGUUCGGUCAGGUGGUCAAGUGUCAAGACAUGACGACGCACGAGAUCGUCGCUGUCAAGGUUAUCAAGAACAAGCCAGCCUACUUCAACCAGAGUAUGAUGGAGGUGACGGUGCUCGAGAUGCUCAAUGGCAACUGGGACCCGAACGACGAGCACCACAUCUUGCGGCUCAAGGACACCUUCAUCCACGCAAAGCAUCUCUGUCUGGUGCUCGAGCUGCUCUCGUCGAACCUGUACGAGCUGAUCAAGCAGAACUCGUUCCAGGGUCUCAGCACCAGCCUGGUGCGCGUUUUCACGGCACAGCUGCUGGACGCUUUGACGGUGCUCAACGAGGCCCGUCUGAUUCAUUGCGAUCUGAAGCCCGAGAACAUCCUGCUCAAGACGCUGCAGACCCCCUCUAUCAAGCUGGUCGACUUUGGCUCGGCGUGUCACGAAAAGCAGACGGUCUACACGUACAUUCAAUCGCGUUUCUACCGUUCGCCCGAGGUGCUGCUAGGUCUGCCGUACAACUCGGCCAUCGACAUGUGGUCGCUCGGCUGCAUCGCUGUCGAACUUUUCCUCGGACUGCCGCUGUUCCCUGGCACCUCGGAGUACAACCAGAUCUGCCGCAUCGUCGAGAUGCUCGGUCUCCCCCCGCAGUGGAUGCUCGACAACGGCAAGCAGACCCAGGAAUUCUUCAGCGUCUUUACCGACGAAUACGGGCGCAAGAGCUACCGUCUCAAAUCCAUCGAGCAGUAUUCCAAGGAGCACAAUGUCCAAGAGCAACCUUCCAAGAAAUACUUCAAGGCCACCACGCUGCCGGACAUUGUCAAGACCUACCCGAUGUCCCGAAAGAGCGGCAAGUCGGCCGAUGUGCAGAAGGAGAUGGCCAACCGAAGCAGCUUUAUCGACUUUGUCACUGGUUUGCUCAACAUGAAUCCGCACGAGCGAUGGACGCCGCAGCAGGCGAAGUUGCAUCCGUUCAUUUCUGGCGAUAAGUUCACCAAGCCUUUCCGACCACCGCUGUUGCCGACGGUGGCGAGCAGCACCGCUUCCAGCUCGGCGAGAACCAAGACGUCCGAGUCGAAGCAUCCCUACGGCGGGUUGGUGCAGCAACAGUCGUCAUCGAGACCGAACAAGGGAUUCCAAGACGCAGCGGCGUACAACCAGCACCUGGCGCAGCAGCAGGCGUACCAUUCGGCAGCAUCCCGCGCCCAGCCGGCGCUCAACAACCCCUAUGCGCGCGAAGAAGCCGCUGCCGCCGCCGAAGCCAAAGCCGUGGCCAAGGCGCAAGCUGCGCAGCUGGCGCUGCAGCAACAGCAGUAUGCGAGGCAGUACUAUGCGGACGAUGCGGGUGGUCGACGGGGUGGUGAUAAUCGGUUGAGCAUGAUCCCUCCCCAGCUAGCCAAGUUGGGGUUGGACGCGAGCAUGGUUGGUGGGCAGAACAUGGCCGGGUUAGUAAACCGGGAUGAUCCACUUCGCGAGUGGGAGAGACGGCAGAAUGGGUUGGCGCCAACAAGUGGGGUGAGCAAGAAGAGGCAGAGUGCCAACUACCAGCAGCUGGAUCUGCUGCAGCAGCAGGCGGAGAUGGGGACUGGGUGGAAUGGCGCCGGUGGCUGGGAGGCGCUGAACAAGCCUUCGAGCAGCGGUAGUGGUGGGCAGGGGAGCUUCAGCGUCGUUGUUGAUGCAAAUCAGACCGGUGGAGGAGGGAUCAAUCCUCCUCCUGCAGCCUACUCCUCCACGCCUGCCGGGCCGGGGAGAGGAUACCAGACUUCGCCGCUGUACAUGAACGGGGCGCCGAUGAGUGCGCAGAACAGCACCAGCGGCGGCGGUGGUGGGCAGGCAAGUGCGACGUUGCCAUUCGACAUUUACGACGCAGGGAUGGCCAACCUUCUCCCACCCUCACUAACGCCCGUUCGGAUUCAGGAUCAUCAGCAGGCGUUCAUGCAGCAGCAGUAUGCAGGGCAGCUCCAAUCGCGCGACAAGAACCAACGGCGGGACGGCAGUGGUGGCUUCGCCGGUCUUUGA